AUGACAGAGUUCCAUCCAAGCCUGUUCAGAAGAAAGUGUAGGGCAGAAGGGCCAGCCGAUAUGGAGCUGGAUAUAAAGCCUGCUCCGAUUCCUCAGAACACACUGUAUGAGGAGCCAUUGGUAUCCCAGCACCGAGUCAAGAAGCGAUAUGUAACGGUGUAUGGGUUUACUCCGGCGAAUCUCGAAGCUGUUCUGGACAUGAUCCGGUCUUGCGGAGACAUCCUUGAGAUUGAGUACGGGAAGAAUUGGGUGAAUGUUCUGUUUGGGGGCGAAGAGGGCAUCAAAAAAUGCCUGAGGAUGAACACGUCGAUUGUUGGAGAGGAGAUGAUUGGGGUGUUCAGGCAAGGAGGUGGCGUUGUUGAUGACAAGGAUAUUUUUGUGAGGCACAAAGGUGUUUUUACAUCGAUAAUGGAGUACUUUUUUGGAGAUUAA